CGAUUCCACGUACGAUGUCAACUUGCCAUAUUCCGAUAUCGGAAACAUAUACAAUAACACAUUGGACCAGCUUCAAUGUGCCCGACAGUGUAUUCGAUGGACUGAAAAUUUUUCCGUCGCGAGCAAAUGCAUAGGGUUAAACAUAUGUGAUGCAAACAAUAGAUCUGUAUGUGAACUUCUGCUCCGAGAGAGUGUCUUUGACAUUGCUACGUGCAGUUCUAUGGAUACCAUACCCGGUUGCACAUUCUUUCACCUAAGGAGCGAAGUAUGGCCACGCGGAGUCUACGCUCUUAUAACCCCAAACCUUGACUGUCCGAAAGACUGGUACUCCAACUCCACUAUAUUGUACAUGGAGACCUGAGGGAACACCAACUAUAGCCCUGGGAAUCACAUACAGCAAAACCAAAAGGCGAAUUCGACUAACGACAUUGUAGAGCUACCCUCAUGUUCUAAAAUGUCAGAGUUUGGAACCUACGACUGGCCAGCUGGUGACUACUGUUUUCUAUCGACAGAAUGUCCAUCAGAUUUUCAAACUGGAUACAUCUUUCUCGACGAAGAAGACGACAUAUAUGAUCUAGACUUCAACAUGUCCUUCUGCUGCAGGAACAACGGUUUGUCCAGCGUCCCAAUACAGCUUCCAACGGCCAACCCCUUCUACCUGUUCCGCUUUGUUGGCGACUGCCAGGAGGUCAUUGGUAUGACUGUCAGAGAGGAGUACAUCCAAUUUGACACCGAGGAUACGGACAAUUUUGACGAGUUGCAUGGUAGUCAUGCCCUUGUAUUCCUAGAAAAUGCGUACCUUGAGAUGCGGUUUUGCUACUACGAAUAAAGACUGUGUGGUUUAGAAGAGACAUGCUUUCUGUUUCUACAAGACGAUAAGCUGGAUAUCUUUACUUUGCUACAGUUCGUAGAUUAAGAUAAUGCACAAGCGUGUUCUUAAUAUCUUUAUUCCCGAUUUUAUUGUAGAAACUCAGACAAUGAUGUGCAUUUCAAAUCAGAUUACAGAUUUGUAUUGUUCACUCCGACAUACAUAUGUGUUACAUGCGGUCACAAAUAAGAAGCAAAAUUUACAAAUGGCGAAAAAACAAAUCUUAUACACACUUUAUUUAGUAACAUUUGAGAGUACAACACCAUUACUCAGAGAAACUUAACACUUCAUUUUUGUUAGAUUAGGGUAUGUACAAUAAUAGUUUGGAAUGUAUAUACAUUUACAAUUUGGCAUACUUAUACAUAAUUACAAACACAUAAAUAAUUAUCCUCGUCACCGGAAAGGACAAAUUCGACCAUUAAAUGCAAAUACAAAGUUUUACAAUAUUUUUUCGUUCUCUUACCUUCAAUUUAAUAAAAUAGUCUUCAAUUUGGAAUUUAAACUUACACAUAAGUACAUCCACAUCAUUAAACCAUUUCUGAACAAAUUGAUCCCGAAGUUUUUACUUCAGAAUAAACUUUAGAUUAUUUUUAGUUAAUAUACAAGUUUCCUGUUAAUUCCAUUCAAAGUUUAACCAGUAUAAAAAGUCAUCAUCUUUCACACCAGUAGUAUUUAUUACAUCAAAGUGUAUUUCUUAGUCGUUCUGGGUGCAACCUUUAUGUAAUCAAUGUCUAGGAUGUGUCUGCUUAACACAGUUUGAAAUAGAAAACUUUUACCUAAAUCAUCCCUUAUUUCAUGAACGUUGUUGUUCAAAGUUAGUUGGUCAUGUUUCCUAAUAAUGUUGCAUUUCACGCUAACAUAGGGUUUCUAAAAAUGAGCAGGAAGAGCCUUAAUGUGAUGAUGUGUUAAAAUAUUUCAGAAUACCAAUUGAUGAUAAGGAUAGCUUCCAUUGUUCGCUGUGGAUUCCUUAACUUUUCUCCUGAAUACUGACACCAGUUCGGAACAUACACAUUUAGUAUCUCAUUAUUGCGUUUGAGCAUUCAAUGCCCCAUAAAACAUGAAGUUGGUAAAAUUAUGCGGUUAAUUCACGGUUAAUAGACGGUGUAAGGCAUAAUGUGACGUUAGACACCCAAUGUGUCCAAAGGUUUUAUUAUCAAUUCUGCUUUAAUUAGUAUGUUUGCACAUUUUAAUAAACUAUAUUUCAAAAUAU